AAGGCAACUGCAGUCCUUCAGACUUGAAACCAGAGCUGGCUAUUCUCAUAAUUCACUUUUCCGACAUCUCAUGUAAUCGUCACGUUCGAACCGGAGUAUGGAGAAGGGCAAGAAGCGUACAAACUAUCCCUGCGACGGAUGCUCGCUUCGGCGAGUAAGAUGCCACUUACAAGGAAGCAGUCCACCCUGCAACGAGUGCCGAAAGAGAUCAGUGGAAUGCACAUUCAUUCGAAUUCCACGGAAGAGAGGACCGAAAGGACCUCGAUCGAGUACCACUCACAAAGUGGUCAAUUACCAAGAACAGAUUCGACAGAAUCGAUCAGGCCUCCCUCUUCCGGCCCGUGGUCCAACGCAGAGCCCCAGAUCACCGUCAACUCCCGGUGUGGAGAACGAGAGUGAUACCCAGCAAAGACCUUUGGAGGUUUACAUCGAAUACUUGGACAAGUUCCGAGACCAUCUAACAUGCGUUUGGCCCGUCGUCAACGUGGAAUCACUAAAGUCCCGAAUCAGUGGUUCGCCGGUUGAUGAUAAUGCAUGGGCACUAGCUGGAGCCAUAUGUGCUACGGUAAUUGUGCAGUUACGACUAUCUCAAUUACGGCUUUCCAAGCAGCACAGUUUGGUUUCAGAUGACAGAAAUAUUGCAGAGAGCUUUGCACAUCAUGCGCAACUCUCGCAUAAUCUGAGCAACCAGCAUCAUCAAAGCACGUACUACAAGGAAGAUACAACAGAGUCCCUAUUGACUGCCUUCUUUCUGCACGUUUACUUUGCCAAUACAGAACGCAUCAGAUUGGCCACGAUGUACUUACACGAGGCAAUCGCUCAAGUACAUCUGCAAAGUCUGCACCGUCCAGAAACCCUGGUCAGUCUUGAAGAGGAACAAAGAGAAUUACUCUUACGAAUCUUCUGGCUGGUGUUCGUAACAGAGAGAACAUUCUGCGUUCAGAAUUGUUUCCCACCAUGCCUCAAGCCAAUUCAGACCUUCCCGCUUUCCGAAUUUCACAUCCGAGGAGUCGGCGAAGUAGACGCUUCCUUCCAACUCCUCGCCCAACUCUUCACCCUUCUCGACGACAAUAUCAUCGUAGCGGCAGACAGAGGGGGAGUCCUUCCCGACUCCAGCACAGCCGAUAACCUCUACAGCGCCCUCUCGGCCAUGGCCAAGCAAGACUUCUCGACCCUGGCCCCCAAAAUCCCAGAGACGCAGCGAGUCAACGUACUGAUGACGGGGAACUGGAUCCACAUUCUCUGGUGGCAGUUCGCCUUGAGCCACUACCAGAUGUCUAGCCGCAUGGACGAUGCCAUGCUCUCUAUGCUGAAGCCCGCCAAGGUUGCACACGAGACCAUGCGCUUGCUCGGGUCUGUUUCUCAGCAGGCCAUUCGGACCCACGGAUAUGGCCUAGAGCUAAAAGUCUUCCGUAUUGCCGACGCUCUCAUUGACAUCCUGGCUUGCAACACGUGGCUCUCUAGUUCUUUGCAACCCGGAUGCAAUAGCAUGCUUCUGGGAGCCAGGGACGUACUGCAUUCUCUUCAGAAAGCUCUUUUGCUUAUUGGUGGGCCAGAGUCUUUGUUUCAUAAGAAGCUGAUGCUGGUCAUGGCCGAAUCACAGCUAGCGGUUCCUGAUGUCAAGGCGUUGACGCUGUGUGAGGAAGAAGAAUGCGUUGAUGAUUCGUAGAAGACACCAAAACCAGUAAAUUACCUCACUGGUUGACUCCAUCUAUUGCAU